CUUUCUCCAUCAAAAUGCCACUGUGUCGCUCUUGAGGUUACAGAGAAAAAAAUUGCAAAAAAGGGAAAAUUAAAGAAAAUUUUGGACCAAAAUCGAUGACUUUCACAUAGAUUCUCCAAGCUCCCAGAGCUCUAGGGUUUCAAUUUUACAUUUCUGUUAUUUUGCUUGUUUUAUUCCAGUAGAGUGGUUGGGCAUUUGUGAUAAUUUUCCUAGAAGGAAGUGAAUAAUGCCGGGAAAACCUGAAAAUGAUGAUCAUCGGUUAGAUCAGAGUGCACACAAUGUGUUGCAAUCGGCAAUCUACUCUCAACCUUGGUGGCGGGGUCCUACAUUUGGUGAAGGCGCAUCAAAAUCAUCUUCAGCAGAGCACCUGAAUGGUUCUCUUGCUGAUGGAGCUAUCCAGUCACUAGCUAAUUCUGGCUUAGAGAAUGGAGCAAACUCCAAUAAAGUUACUCAGAUCGCUAUAUCAUCACAAUCUGGUAGUUACCCUUCCAACUAUUGUUCAUUACCAGAUGGAAGUAAUGGACAAGAACACCAUCUCAAACAGGCCCCAAUGCCAGCACCUGUUGCUAUGGGUGGACACGUUGAUCCAAAUUCUCAAAUGGAACUUGUUGGUCACUCAAUUGUUUUGACAUCAUAUCCAUAUCCGGAUCCACAAUACGGUGGGAUGGUAACUUACGCGCCACAAGCUAUGGUACCUACUCAAUUCUUGCAUCAUGCUAGAAUGCCUUUGCCCCUUGAAAUGGAAGAAGAACCUGUUUAUGUAAAUGCAAAGCAAUUUCAUGGUAUUUUGAGACGAAGACAGGCACGUGCUAAGGCUGAGCUUGAAAAGAAAGCGGUAAAAGUCAGAAAGCCAUACCUUCAUGAGUCUCGACACCAACAUGCUAUGAGAAGGGCAAGAGGUUGUGGAGGCCGUUUUCUUAGUAACAAGAAGCCUGAAAAUAAUUCUACGAAUUCCACAGGAGAUAAAGAUGUAAAUUCAGGUGCUAAUUCUUCAAGACAAUGUUCCAUCUUCUCAGGCUCUGAAUGGUUGCCCAAAAACAGGAAUGGAGAUUUGGACUCCUCUGGUGGUCAGCUAGAAGGAAAAGGAUCUACUGGUCAGGACAUGCAAACACAUCCUUCCACCAAUGGUAAUGGUAAUGGUCAUGGCCAUGGACUGUCAUCAAUAUAUCAUCCAUCAUCAGGUGAUAUCUUGACCAGAGGCUUCUUGGGUCAGCAGAGGGAAAGCGCACAUAGGAAUGGGGUCACAAAUGGGGCCCUGCCCAUCAAUUAGGUUUCCACCUAAAGUUGUGGGGCCUCCUCCAUCACUUUUGCACCGGCAAAGCUGGAGGCAUUUGGCAUACUCAUCCUCUCUAUGUAGUGGUUUCCUCAGGCAAUUCAUUCUUGGCUUUGGAUACUUGGUAACGUGGUGCAUUCUCACAGAUGAGGGAGGAAGAAUCUUCAUGGAGUUCCAUUUCUUCACCACUUUGUGUAAAAAUACCAAAACUUGAGUUCUGUACCUAUGCAUUAGGAAAUAGUUUGCACGUGUAGUAAUUACAAGUGGUUUACUAUUGAGCUAUAUGCAAGUGUGAAGACUUCUUUUGUAUGUGGCAGAAAAGGGUGUACUGCUGCCUGCUGCUGAUGUACCCUAUCAUCUUAACAAUGUUAUUAGUUGUUGGUGGUGGUUUACUGGUUUUUCCUUCUGUUA